UUAAAUAUCCUGCCUCGCCUUUAGAAUAGAUCUCUUUUCUGCUGGAACACCGAGCUGCAGCUGUCAGAGCUCUCUGCUCAACAAUUAGCUGUUUAUUCAGGGAUGCACAGUUACAGACAACAGGGCACCUAACCGAUCCCAGUGCCUCCCAGCAGGAUUUGAUUACAUCCCUCAUUCCCGGCUGACGUUUGUCUAAAGAUGCCCGGCCAUAGUUUCCUGCUCCCCUCAGCCCAAGCACUGAAGGUGUUCCCUAACAUCUAACCUGAAUUUUACCUGUCAUUACCUUUUAUUUCUAGUCCCUCAGCGCAAUGGACGUGAAGAACAGGUGAAAGCCUCCAUAUGUGCUCUAAGAUUGCACCUCUGCAUGUGCUUUCCCCUAGCUUGUUUUGAGGAGUUUCUCCACUGGUUCAGGCUUUCCUAGCAUGCGUCACUGCGCGCUGACCUCCUGUUGUUUGCUCCACGUCUUCCUUCAGUGCAGCAUCUGAACAGGGCAGUGCUUGGAGUGGAAGCUUUAUCAGUGCUGAGCAGAGCAGAAAGAUUGCUUCAUGUGUCUUGCAGAGGAUGCCAGCUGCCCCAGGGCGCGUUUUUCUCAAGUGCACGGCAGUUGUUCAAUCCUCUGUCAUUUAUGGCCUGGCAUAACCCCAGAUCCUUUUCUGUAGAGCGGAUACCUAAUCACUAAUUGAUUACUAAUAGCUUGUAAUUUGCAGUUAAUAGUGCCUAAAUGUGGUUGAGAACUUGACCAUGCUGAACUUCCUUAAAUCUAGUUCUAGUCUCCGAAGAACUCACCUCUCCCAGCUUGCAUCACCUUCACAGUUAGAGGAGUUCUCUGUAUUUGCAAUCCAGGUUUCUAAUGUGUAUGUCAUUAGCCCUCUCACGGUUCCUCUAGGCCUGUUACGAACAGACACACUUUCUGCUGGGUUUUCUCUAGGCCCUGAGGUUGUUUUCCACUCCUUUUGAGCCUGUGUUAUCCGACCUUCCCAUGGAUCACAGCUCAAAGCUCUCUGCACGAGAUUGGGAAGCUGGUCUUGCUCUGGUGCCAGUAAUUUCUCAGAAUACCACUGAUUGAUAGACACGUGUCUCUACGGCAGGAUGACUGGAUAAGAUCAUACUGCACAGUCUUUCCAGCAGCAUUAGGAUUUGAUUUUCUAGGGGAUUUUUCAACUUGGCAUGUCAGUGCUGGUCAGUAAGUAGAUUCUUUGCGGUGAGUGUUUAAACAUUCCUGGCUCUCCAAUAGUUAGUAGAGCAUGAUCAGACCCUAGACUAUGGUAUAUAACUAACCCUCAAUACAUAAAGUAAAACCACGUGCUAGAACAGAGCCUUCCAUCCUGUGGUUAAAUCUGCAGUUCCCUUUUACAAUGCAUGCUUGUCUAACUUAUCAUCUCCUAUCAUUUCUGAAGUACCUAUCACGUCUGUACUUAAAAGACAGCAGUUACAAAAGGAACCCACAGGGAGAUGACCCAGAGGAUGCCUGAACAAACAGAGCAGGCUCUUCACAGAACUUUGGAGGCUCUGCAGCUAUCAGCCUGUCUGUAAAAAGGUGGCAAGCCCUGCACUCUGAUACAUGGUCGUUCCCACUGACCAUCUAAACAUUAUGGCCAGCAUGAUGAGAGUUUGUCUGACCCUCCUUUGGAUAAGAAUCAUGCUCCAGCCACUCACACUUCAGUGUAAAGCAGUUCAGGUUUUCCCACCUGUUAACUUCACCCUGACAGUCUCUGCAUUAGCACAAGUGCUUCUACGCUGGAAGCCAAGCCCUAAUCAGGAACAAAAAAACUACACUAUCAGAUACGAUGUGAAAAUCUUAACUCCUGUGUUUGAAGAGUAUGAUACAAUGAAGACUCACAGUUUCCGAACAGCUGUACUUCACAAUGGUUUCUCUGCACAUGUCCGGACAUUACUUUUCCAUAAGGGCCUUCAGAUGACAAGUGACUGGGUGACAGCGGAACUCCAGGCUCCGCCGGGUGCUGAAAAUACAGCUGUCACUGAUUUGUCCUGCGUUACUCGCUUCACCGUUUCUAGUACUGUUUCUCUCCGUUGCACUUGGCUUCCUGGCACAGGGGCACCAGAAGAUACUAAGUACUUUCUGUUUUACAGGUAUCAGACCUACACGGAAGAAUGCCAGGAUUAUAUCACAGACAAGUGGAACAGGAAUACAGAGUGCAGAUUUUCAGUGACUCAUAUUGCUCCCGAUGAGAUCGACGAGCUCAUUGUAAUACACAUUAAUGGCUCUAGCAAGUAUGCUGCAAUCAAACCUUUCCAGCAGUUAUUUAACCAAAACGCCAUUGAGAAAGUGAAUGUUCCCAGAAACAUCACUGUUUUCUUAGAGCAAAACGAUCUCGUGGCCACAUGGGAGAAGCCACUUUCUACUUUCCAUAAAGGCUGUUUUGAAUAUGAAUUUUACCUCAUCAACUUGAAGUCAGGUAACAAGCAGGUAUCUAAAACAUACUCCCAUGACUUCAGAUUACGGAUUGAUGUUACCUGCAGAUAUUCCAUACAAAUAAGAGCAAAUUAUCACAUGUGUUGUGUAAGUGGAUUUUGGAGUGACUGGAGUGAAACUCUUUAUAUAGGUGGAAACAAACAGGAGAAUCUCAUAGUCUGGAUUCUCACUGUGCUUUGUGUAUCCACAUGCUUUACGGUCACGCUUAUUGGUAUUAUAUGCAAAUCACAACACAUGUGGAGCAAACUGUUUCCACCGAUUCCAACACCCAGGAUCAAGUUCAGAGAUCCCUUUCCAAAUCACUAUGAGAGGGCGCGCAGCUGCCCCAGCGAGACAUGGCUGGAGCCGGGCGGCCUGGCCGAGGGCCUCCCCUGCAGCGCUCUGCACGACGACGUCUUCUGAGGGCAGCCACGAGGCCACACGCUCAGAACUGCUCGACUGUGGUUCCGGCAGUUUUUUGUUCGUUCAUUUACAACAACCGUGUGAGCGGUGCGGAAGGAGCACGGUGGUGCCAAUGGCAAGGUGACAGCCCCGACCCACAGACAUGGUGCAAAAGGUUACAGCGUAAGAGGAAAAAAAGAAGAAAAACAACAUGGGAAAAUGGCGCAUGCUGAUACCUUUCCUCAACCCCAUCUAUAAAACACAGCCUGCGAAUGCAGUCCUCAGUUAUACAUAGCGAAGGACGUUUGCCAAGGAGCUCUCUGUGGUUUCACCAGGGCUUUCUGAUACCAAAGGAGCUGGGCUCCUCCUCUAUCGGUAAUUCCAGCUGCCUUCAGAUGGGUUUGAAAAUCUGAGCCCGCUACUGCAACUUGCUCAUCUUACCCAUCCAAGCAAGUUAUCACACCUGCCUGAAGCUGCCCGAGCAGCUCAGGUCUGGCCUUGCUGGCUGCUCUGCUCUUCUUGCACUGCCCAAAGAGCUUCCUGCCCACCCACCUGCCCCGAGCAUGUAAACAAGGAAUAAUGAGACAAAAAAAACCCCAAAACACCGAGCAAUGAAGUUGUUUGGAAAGUGCCUAAACAUAAUGGAGUUCCCAGGUGCUAAGGACUAAAAAUAAUUAUAAUAAAUGAGGCAGCUCUCAUCUGGGUGAAGUAGCAUGGCUCCAUCAAAAUUAAUGUAGCUCAUUAAUAUAACAAUGUUUCUGCCUCAAAUGUCUCUACUGCUUGUGAUUGGAAUGGAUUGGAGGUGCCCAGCUUUAACAGUCUGAAAAUCAGUAUUUCAUUAGUAAAAUCCUAAAAGCAAGAUGAAAGAGAAUUCAUUUGCUGUAUUUCAUUUAUGUCACGGCUUCAAGUACUCUAAUAAAUAAGAUUUCUAAAUAUAAUUUCAUUCCCAUUAAGGGAAAGGUGCUGCAGAGAUUAAUGCAAUACAUUUUGGUGCAGUUUGGACUUGAGCUGUGCGCUGUGACUGCUCCGCACUGGCGGUGAAAGCCUUCAGCUCUUGGGGCAUCAGAGCUUGGACAGGUACCCAAGUUUCUACUACAAACUUCAGAAGUGACAAAUAAGCUUUGGAUUUUCUGUGCCCGGAUUUCUGUGUUUUUUUCCCCAAAGCCACGCUCAGUGCCUGGAGCACCCAGGUGCCCCCACCGGGUGCCAAGCUCCCUACCUCCGUGUGAGUGUUGCUGCUCCUCCUUUCCUUCCUCACGCAACGCUCAGAAUCACAAGCCCAUGCUGCUGGUUGGGAGCCGAUGAAUCACCCCGACACGUGGCCGGGCUGAGUGCUGCGUGGCCCUAUAGUGGCACGAAGACAUUAAAACAUGAAUUUUUUAAUUACUUCUUAGGUUGCAUUCCAAUGAAGAAGAAAUCUUUUCAAAGCCAUCACUAUUUUUCCUCGUUUUAAUAAAUCUUUUUACAAUUCCCAUAGAAGAUAGCAGUUUUAAAAUUUCUUUCUAAAGACUGAAUCGGAUACCAGGCCGUUUUGGUUUUAAGCAUCACGGAUGGGCCAAGUGCAGUGGGUUCCUCUGAGACAUCAAAGGAAACACCCAAGAUUGGGUGGCUCCAAUCACACAACUUCUGCUGCCACACAUAAAGCACAGAAUUGGAAACACAAAACGUGAAGAAGGAAGCGAUGCCUUACCUGGGGGAGUGGGGGAAGCAUUUGUUUUGUUUCUGAUCCUUUUCCAUAUCUCGGCGAGACUCGGAGAUGCCCGAGCUGCGCUCCAACCGCACCAGCCCACACAGAAGUUUUGCAAGGUCACAACUCUACAGCAACAGCUGCUGUCAGCCCCACAGAUUUAUUCUAAAGCGGACUCCACUGCGGCCCCCCAGGUGGGGAGGAGCCAGGUGGGCGCAGGGCGCUGACAUUUGUCACUGCAGGUGCAAAGGGACGGGGCGGAGAAACGCUCCCGGCAGACAGGUAUCUUUACAAAUGACAGAAUAUUUAUUAACAAUACCUUUAAAAAAAGGUUACAUCUGCUAGUUCACCGAUAAAUAUCAUUUACACUGGGGAGAAAACUACAGCUCUUUUUUUUUUGUUCCAUUUUUCUUGGUUUUGUGGGUUUUUUUUCUUUUUUUUUUUCCUU